CUACACCAAAUACGCUGCACAAUGUAGUUGAACACGUUCCUCUUUUGUAGGUUAUUUAUUAUCCAACAAAAAGUUUGCCCGAAAAGUCAAAAGGUUUCAUCAUAUCCGAUUCGUAUCAGUGAACGUGCAUCGCUGACUCUCCGGACACAAUGGGCGUGGAGGAGGAAUGUGCAUUACAUCCCAUGACCGACGCAAUCAUAAACCUCACUGCUGGGGCAGCAGGGGGUGUUGCGUGUGUGCUGAGUGGUCAGCCCUUCGACACGGUCAAGGUGAAGAUGCAGACGUUCCCCAGCCUGUACCGUGGCUUCCUGGACUGUUCCCUGAAGACAUACCGCCACAACGGGCUUCGGGGGCUCUACCAGGGAAGUGUGCCUGCUUUACUGGCCAACGUGGCAGAGAACGCUGUGCUCUUCGCCUGCUACGGGACCUGCCAGCAGCUCACCAGGAGAGUCUUUGGGCUGGAGAAAGGGUCUCACCUCAGUGACCUGCAGAAUGCCCUGUCUGGGUCCCUGGCGUCUGUCUUCUCCUCGCUGGUUUUGUGUCCCACAGAGCUGGUGAAGUGUCGCAUGCAGGCCGUGCAUGAGAUGAGCAUGGUUGGAAAGACCUCCCUUGCGUCACACAUUUCCACCUGGUCGGUGGUGAGGGACAUAUUGAAGACAGAUGGUCCUCAAGGCCUCUUCCAGGGAAUGACCAGCACCUGGCUCAGAGAGGUGCCUGGAUACUUCCUCUUCUUUGGGGGCUAUGAGAUCUGCAGAUCCCUCUUUACAAAGCCUGGCCAGUCCAAGGAUGAGUUGGAUGCUGUCCCGCUGUUAAUCAGUGGAGGAGUUGGUGGGGCCGCCUUUUGGUUGGCAGUGUACCCCAUUGAUUCAGUCAAAUCCAGAAUCCAGGUUCUAUCGAUGUCAGGCAAGCAGGCUGGGUUUAUCAGAACACUGCUCUGUAUCAUGAGGACAGAAGGGGUUCCUGCUCUGUAUUGUGGUCUAACCCCUACCGUCCUGCGGGCCUUCCCCUCCAACGGAGCUCUAUUCCUGGCUUAUGAGUGGACCAGAAGAACCCUCAUCAACCACACAUCUACAGCCUGAGUUUGUAGGGCUGGAGCAAGAGGUCAGCAGACGAACUGGUCGUCUGAUAUUUUCUUUGCUGUCAGUGUGAAAGCGGGGUAUCCUACGAAGCAGGUUUGAGGAGUUAGCGAGGGAGCUUUGGUCAACUCUGAGUUCAUCUCGGGAUAACCGGUCAUACGAAAGUGGCUCACCUUUUAGCCAGGUACAUUUCUAUGGCAACGAAACCUAACUCAGGUUAACCUGAGUUAGCCUCUGGGGCAGGCUAACUCAUGGCUAACUCCACUUACCUUGAAUGAAGUGACUGAGCCGCGAGUUGAGGACCAAUGAAAUCAGAUUCCCAUCCCCUUCAUUUGAGGAAGAUGACUGAUUAAAUAUUUUAUUAAUCAAAUGUUUGAAAAAGGAAAGCGCACACUGCUCUUGAUAGUAUCACUGAUCUUUAACAAGCUUACAUGAGCUUUAAUAAGCUUAUUAAAGAUCAGUGAUAGUCUCCGGUUUCCUUUUUCAUUCAUCUUGUUCAUCUGUUGCCACGCACCUGCAAAAAGAUUGCUCAGAUGUGCGAGUGCCUUUUUGAAUAUUAAUCAAAUGUUUGUUUUGUGUAAAAAAAAAACAUAACGUACACGUUUGAUGUCAGAAUGCAUUUUAAACUUUUGUAUGACUUAAUAAAGCAAAUAUUGAUAGGAA